AUGGACCGAAAACUUCCGGAGGUGACCGAGGCAAGCAACAAGUACAAGUGGAUGUACCUGACACUGAACAAACUAGUAAAUUUUUUAAUGGACAUGGACUGUGAGGUGGUGCUCCUGACAUUGCCACCCAAACCUGUUCUUGAGGAAGGAGAUGAGAGGAAAGCUCUCCUGCUUAAGUUCAAUGAACUUAUCAGGAACAUGGCAGAGAACAAAGGUCUACGCCUGAUAGACAUUUACACGGUUUUUAUGGAUGGGCCAGUCAUCAAUGAAAAGAUGUUCGAGAAGUUUUACUAUGGCGGGAAGAUUGACAAAUUACAUUGGAAUUUCAUGGGCAUGGAAAAGAUCAUCCAUAAAAUCAAGACCGAAUUGUGA